AUGAUAGCUAUCGGCGAUGCUAUUCGCAAAGACUACGGAGAUUCGCAGAAAUCACUUGCUAGUGACGGAAGCCACAAUCAAUGGCCACGCGCUGCAAGACAAGCUUCGCAAAACAAAAAACGACGAUCUCGAGCUCUCCGUUUUCAUCAGAACAAGCUUCUAGUCCUCCGCCAAAGACUGGUCAUUCGGGCAGCGCUUACUCCGAUAGUAGGGAUAGUCAGUCAACAGGACAACAAGAUCGAUGAAUCGAAGGCAGAACCCAUGUCACACUAUUUGGCAAACCAAUUUAUUCAAGGAACCAUAUUGGAGUACAUGAACCCGGAUUCAUUGUUCUCGAGGUACCAUACUCCUGAAAAAAAGAUAGAUAACGCUUAUCUUUGGUAUGAGAGCUGGCCGCACCACUCCCAAGUUAAAGCUGGUAUUGUCAAUUCCAGAGUAUACGACGAUGGCUGCUUUACCGUUCUUGUAAAGAAUACGGGUUCGAGUGGUGAAAUCACGAAUUUUACCUGGGUUUGCUCUGUUGAGACAAAGAGAGACAUGCGCAUUUUAGAUCCAGAAUCUUUGACAAUUUCGACCGCAGGUGGCGAUUGUCAACGACUAGGACAGAAUAUCGCUGAAAUGUGGGCGACUAUCUAUCGUCGUAUUUGGACCGCAGCCGACUUUGAAACUGCUGAAGCAAUGAUUGACAGACUUAGCGACGAAAAUCUACGUGUAUUCCUUAUAAUAUUUCAGCACACUCAUUUCCAGAUUGCGACGACUCGGUUCACCAAAGAGUAUUUAAAAAGCUAUCUCGUCCCCGGCUACGAUUCCGACCUUAGUAGCGAGAACUACUACUUGACCGUGGAUUUGAGCUACCGACGAGAUGUAGCUAAGAGGACACAUCGCCGAGAUGCUAUAGUCAUGAUGGCUUCGUUGAUCGACUACUUUUACAAUGUACAUAUAAUAAACGCCUCACCGAUACUUUCUAGUACCGUCGGUGAUGGGCUUGACGGUCACCAGGCCGCUGGGUAUGACAUCGGUGGGAGCGGUGAUUUUCUACCAAGGCCCGAGGACGAAAACCCCGAUUACUUGAUGGAAGACGGCGAAGGCAGCAACGAAGAGGACUUAGCGAAUGAAGACCGAGAGAACUACGGCGGAAAUCAAAUGGAUGAAGAUUACGAUGCAGAGAGCUAUCCCCGACAUGACCUCGGAGGGAAUUUUGUGGACGAGUUAUCAUAUAUCGUUGCACCAGCCCAAACGAAAAGGAGGAAAUUAUAG